AUGGAUGCUAGCUACUGUAAAAGCUCACAGAAGAAGAACUGUUACCGGGGCUAUGGAUCUUGGUGAAUGACUCGGAGUGGAUGCUGUUUCGGUGAUAUAAAUACCUCUGAUUUUAUAUUUAAAAUGAUGGAAGGGACAAAAGAAAGCGUAGCGUUCAAAAGUGUGGCUGAGAGACUAACACUCGGCAUUACUCGAAUCCUUGAGAACAUGCCUGGUGUUGUCGAUGUGCGUCUCGCAGAGAAAGAGCCUGCGGAGAAAAGGAGUCUGCUGUCGUGGGAGCAGAAAAACAAUUGUAUUUUACCAGAGGACCUGCGAGAUUUUUAUCUGACAACAGAUGGCUUUACACUAACUUGGAACGUUAAACUAGAUAGUAUGUGAUCCUAUUACAGUAUUUGUGACCAACAGAACGCUAGGGGUGUCAUGAGAUCUCGCGAGAACAGGGCAGAUUGUGAUCUAUGACAUUGUUACAAGGCAUUAUUGGAACCACACAUUAAGUGCUUAACGCACACUAUGAACCUUGCAAUCCAACCUACCUCGUUGUUCCCAGCAUCAGCGAGUGACGUGUGGCUGUUUUUUCCAUCUUCACAUGUCACAGGAACCCAAAAUGGCUAUAAGGGACAGCUGUCGCCAAGUAGAAGCUGUGAUGAAUGUGUCCCCUUAGGAUUGAUGACAAUUCACAGCGUUGGCAAGUUACGGCCUCUCGUCCAGCCAACAUCACUUUUCUCUCUCCCAAAUGCACCUUCUCUGGCUGACCUGGACUGGGAUGACAGCUGCUCAGAAUAUGUGUUGGGGAAGGGUCCUCCUCCUCCACAUUUUGAUUCUCGGAGCUGCAUCUUCGAGUUGGAUUCAUGUGGUGGGAAUGGCAAGGUGUGCUUGGUGUACAAAAACUCCAGCCCAGGUGUGGUAGCCCAGCAUAGUGAAAUUUGGUUCCUGGACCGUUCUCUGUGCUGGCAUUUCCUAACAGCAACCUUCUCCUCCUAUUACCGCCUCAUGAUCACGCACCUGGGCCUGCCUGAGUGGCAGUAUUCUUUUACACCUUACGGUCCCAGCCCCCACGCAAAGCAGUGGGCAUCGCUGUACCAGCCGCUGACUUUCAGAAAUGAUCUCAGCCUGAGUGACUCUGUUGGAGACUCCCACCUCAACAAGCUAGACCCCAUUAAGGCCUUUAAAGCCAAAGCCAAGGUGCCCACCCCCAAAAAGAAGCCAUCAGCACCGUGCAGCCUCGUGAGCAAUGCUAAAAGCCAAGGCAGUGGAGGGAAACCCAGUGUAGCAAAGCGAUGAAACUGGUACUUUUGAGGUCGCUAAACAAUCAACUGUACUGCAUUGUUGUAGUUUUUAUCCAGUAUUUAACCACUACAUAUUAGUAGUGAGGCUCUUGGCCAAUUCACCCGAAGAAUCAGCGCUCACAGCUACUUUUAACAUGCUCGUGAGCGGCACCUAUGGUAAAAACUAGCAGAAGCACGUAAGUGAUUGCUGCAUUUCCAUAUACUGCGUAUGUAGUUAUAUUACAAGGCUUGAUGUUGUCGUUGUAGAUAUUUAAUUUUUUAAUCUAAUAUAUAAAUAAUGGCAUAGAACACAGUAAUCCGACGAAGAUAACCGCAUAAAUAAAACAAUGUUCACUGGUAAAGUGAAGGCAGCAAGAAAAUUUUAAAAAUAAUCCUGCAGGAGAAUAGUUUACCCUGGGGAGUGUGUUUUAACAGUUUGUUGAAGGACUUAAAAUUGUAGAGCUGACACAUUUUACAUUGUGUCAAUACAGGAAACAAGUGGAUUAACAGGAGACAGAAACUAUGUGAGGCCAUCGAGAAAGUAAGCAAGAUAUGUUUCUCGAAUAAAUAGCUCACUUAACAUGCUCCAAGUAGUCAUAAGGAAAGAUAUACUGUAUGUCGAUGAUUCACUUUGAAGUGUAAUGCCCAGAGCGUGAGGUUGAGCGUGCUUGAUCAGACUUCAAUAUUCAAGUUUAGGCUCAAGUAUUUUCCAAGUAGUUCCAACACCUAGGUCAGAUUUGCACAUUUUCCCGGUAGACUUCUGUCUUGAUGAAUGUAUGGCACCUAUUCCUCAAUAUAAAAUGAAUAUACUACUGAAGCUUAUGUAAGUGGUAUGCUGCUUGUGAUAUUCAGUGAGACCAGCUGCUUUGCACCAGCAUUAAAACACUGCAGCCUCUGUUCAUGAAAACAUCUGUUUUAGGUUUCAACUUCAACCUGGGCCAACAUCUCACUCCUAUCUGUAAACAGGAUGGUGGGGAUUUGCAUAUAAUAAGUAGGCUAGUAACCUUGGCCGAGAGCCCUUUCUAUUUGAAGUACUGCCGGUUCUAAAUUGUUCUCAAUUACAGUAACUGUGUUUGAGUAUUGCAAAUUGCAUCUAAAAUUGUAUGAUACAGUACAAGUCACAUAUUUGUACAUUCUUUGUCUGCCCUCCUAUCACAGCAAUUUUGGAAUGUUUCAACUGUACACGCGUGCACACGGCUUCACAUUAGCAUUUGGAGGUCUCACACACAUACAUCAUUGUCGAUGUUUUGUUUUUCCAGCGGCGCUGUCUCCUCUUCUAACUUUGUAAGCCCAGUGCAUGUUUCAGAGUCUGGCGGGUGGUGGAGUUCCACCAGGACUUUGUAAAGCCCCGCACCCAGCACACCUCCAAUUGUUGGGGCAACUAUAGGCACCCACCACCAACCAUUUCCUGACCUGCACAGAUAAAGACAAUGCAAAGCUUACAAAACACUAGUAGGCCAUCAAGGAAAGCAUUUUUACAUAUUUGCGUCAAAUAUGUUUUUGUCUCUGAGUUCUCAAAAAGCAAUUUAGCACUUUUGGAAUAUACGGCCGGCAGUAGUAGUCUGUAAGGUUUGAGGAUUGAGAGUUUAGUGGUUUCAAUACCUAAACACGUCAGCCCCCCAGCCUGCGAUAGCAGUGAAGAACCUCGGUCCGAUGUCUCUGGUGGGGUUGAUUGCGUAUCCGCUGUUGCUGCCCAGAGAAAUGCCAAUGAGCAGCACCAAGAGACCCACGAUGGCAGGCUCGCUGCCUGCUGCCGCUGGUUUGUUUUUCUGGUCAGACAAAGCCAUCAGACACAGCAGCAGCAUAGCUGUGCCAAAAACCUGCCAAAAGCACAGUGAGGGGCAUGACAAUGAACACAGAAUUCUGUGUGAGACAGUACAGUACAACAAAGCCAAUUGUGUUGAAGUUGUUUCAUGAAUCCAUUGUUAUGAACACCUGGUCAAUUAAUCCACCCAACAAGGAGAGGUAUGGUGCAGGAUAGGUGGCAAAGAUACCAGCAGUGGCCUUGACACCAGUUACAGUCAGGUUUCCUCCACAAUAGUCAUGUAUUGCCUCUGCAAACAUACACAUCAAUAUGCAAUCAGACCAUCUCGGUCAGUACUUCAUCUUCUUGCACGUGCAGUGUGUCCUUACCAUAAUACACAGCAUAAACUGUCCCCGCAGCCAAAAAAGACCCUAACAGCUGUGAAAAAACAUAGACAGGGAGCAUCUUCCACACAAGGCGGCCAUACGUACACAUGGCGAAGGACACAGCUGCGUUCAUAUGAGCUCCUGGUGGCGUAGCAGGGCACAGCAUGACACACAUGUAAGAUACAGUACACUUUUGAUGAUUCUUGGCUGAUUCAUUUUUUUUAAGUACAUUUUGUACCUGAAACUUUUCCUCCGACAUGAAUCCCCAUUGCAACACCGAGCCCAAAGCCCAAGUUGAUGCUGAUGUAAUGUCCGAAAGAUCCUUGUCCUGUCACAACCUGGGCCACAGAACCAAGGCCAAAAACCUACACACAGAGGAUGCUUAUACUGUAGUUCACUGGCAAGGUCACAUGGGUAACGAUCAAAGACAGACAAAAUAUCCGGCAUGACUGAUUAAAACAAGUAUUUGGCAACACACGGGCCGUGCAAACUAGCAAAAAAUGUAACAGACAGUGAAAACCUUCUUUAAUGAGUCACCAAAUUGUAUAGGAUUCCAACAGACGGGCAAAAAACAGAGGCGUCUGAACUUUAAACUCUCCGGCCAACUCAGACUAACAGACUGUGAAAGCAGUGAAAAAGGCUGACGCUGAGCUAUUCAUUUGGGGUACAGGAAACAUGUGGUUCUUUGUCUAAAAGUCAUGCACCUUGAAGUUAAAAAGUAAAACAGCGUUCUACUUGUAGUAAGUUUGUUUGCUGACAUGUACACACUGUAUUUCGCUGCACUGCCUUUACUGUAUGUAUCUUCCCGUUCUAAAUUUGGGAUCAAUUAUGACAGCAGACAAACAUGUGACUGUUGCAGCCCCCUCCACGUGGCUCACAGCCUGACCCGUCCUGCGGUUGAAUCCUCCCCUACUACCACAGCCAUGCUGGUGUUUUGUCUCGAUCACAAGGGUAACAUUGUUACACAUUAAUGGAUCCAUGGCCUACAUAUAAACAAUGUCCAAAACACUUCUUUUUUUCAUUUUGAGUCAAUCUUAUGGCCACAAAUUUGGAAUAAAUGAUUUCUUACCAUCAUAACAUAUGUGCAAAGGCAUUCAGCAAGUCCCACGCGAACAAAUUCAUUCCUUAAACGAAUGGAUCGAGUUACAAGAGUUCCUUGUCGUUGCGAGACCCCUACAUCUGACUGUGAAAAGUCCUUCAUUUCCAGUCCUUGUGGAAUGACAGAUUCUGUCAAAGGGAUCACUUAACCUUCCACUGCUAUUGAUAUAAUUAUUAUAAGUGAAACUGGAAUCCAGAGAGAUCUUGAGUUCAGACUUGAAAAAUGAAUGUGCUGUCCCACUUAGUCCACAAACAGAAAUGGUCUUUCCGACAGACCCUUCCGUCCUCUCAUCUGAUUUCACUCCUCCUAUGUUGCCCACACCCCCUCUCUCUCUGGCUCUCCUCUGGCUGUCUAUCAUGCAUCCCACUUGGGAUUUGUCCACAUUUUAUAGCCGUGGCACAACCCCCCUCCCACUGAAUAUGUUAAAGCCAGAACACAACACAGGCAGUUACAUCCUCCAAUAGCUUUGAUUCCCUUAAAAGAGUAUUGGCCACAGAGGAAGCAGUUAUUUGAAACAUCUUUUGAACAUCAGUGGAGAAGCAGCACUGAGUAUAACAUGGCAAAUUACAUUUAAAUUCGUCAAAAACGUUUGCAAUAUCGAAAUAUUUCCACUGUAAGCAUCUCGUAAAGGCUUCAAAUUACAUGCAUGCCACAUGCAUUACAGCUCUCAAAAGAAAGAAUGGGGACAUUUAGAGACGUUGAAACUAUAAAAGCUCAGGUAAAGUGGGACAGAAGCAGGAGGAAGUAACUACUGAAACAUUCUAAUGUCCCAAAGCUCAUACUAUAAGUAAUUAGCCAAAAUAGGCCAUAAAACUCACACGGACGUCACACAAGACUUCUUGCGGACUUCUGUAUCAUCUUCAUCUUUUCACACUUGAGCUCAGUCAGCAUCUAAAAGAGUAACAAAGUUUUACGUGAUGCCAUCACAGAAGAGUGCCUGUGCCGGCAGAGACGAGAACUGUGAUGACCAUAAAAUUGGAUGCUAUGUUGGAAUUGAAUUGUUAUUCAAAUAAGGUAAAUGACUAUGAAUGUGGUGGAGAUUAAGAGACAUGUAGUGUUGGAGAAUAUUUGCCACUGGUAUGUGAUGACUAUCGGCAUACCUGUCAACAUUCGCAUUCUAAAAUAAGGGAAAUGUUCACUCUGAAAACGGGAGGGUUAACGGGUAUGGCUAUUAUUUACAGAUUACUUGAGGUGUGGACUUGGGUCACGCGACUUGGACUUGAGUCAGACUCCAGUCACAAUUUUGAUGACUUUGGACUCGACUUGAUCGUAUCAUCAAAGAUUUGCAACUCUUAGACGGCGAUGACUCCGGGCUUGACUCGGACUUUAGUCUGAUGACUUGAAAACACUUGAGAUUUUUGGUGAGUGUGUACAUUAAAAUGUGUUCCCAUCCAAAGUAUUCAGCUAACGUGACUGUUAUUAUGUCAUUUCUAGCGAGACACCAAAUUUUCCUACAGAAACUGCCUCAUUGAAUGCAUCUGUUAAUGUCCAGUCAGGUUUAAGAAGAGACGACAAGGGUGUGGGCUUGCAUUUCUGUGAGUGACGGGCUGCUAGAGAGUGGCAAUGAUUAACACCCGGAUGUGUCAACGAGGAGAAUUAAAUUUGUAUUAGCAAGUUACAAAGUCAUGGUAUUUUAUUUGUUAAACAUCUAACAGUGCUUAUGAUUGUAAGGACUCUAAAAUUCCAAGCCUAAGACUUCGGAUCUGACUCAGUCUGUCCUGUCUUGACUUGAGACUUGACUUGGAUUUGCAGGUUUUCACUUGAGAAUUGGGAUUAAACGCAUGAGACUUGCAAGACACUGACUUUCUCCCACCUCUGUAGAUUGCUAUGCAGAGGCACAAAAAGUGGGUAUGCAGCAUAUGUAGCUCAUAGGGGCGCUAUCGGGGGGAAUUAUUUUGAGGCGGAAUUUUCUGUAUUAAACAGCUGUUUGCGCAUGUGUAAAUGAUACGCUCAAUAACAGAGGCACGUCACCGGCUAUGCUCCCCCCGCUCCUUCACCCACCCCACACGCACACACUAUAGGCGCUCCCCCUCGAGCACAAGUCUUUUUAUUUGAAUCGUGUUGUCAUCUGAUGACAGGGAGCUAAAGAUGGAGAGGCAGAAAAGAACACUCUCGGGGGCACAAAACAGAAAACGGAAGAGCAGGAAGGAGAAAGAUUUUGUAGAGAAGAAAAAACCUUUUCAAAGUAGUUGAAGGUACGUCAGUGUAUCAAGAUGAGGCUUGUGAAUAUUCAGUGAAGCUCAAGCUAUUGCUAGUAAAGUGAGAGCAUACUAGACAGUAGGUAAGAUCCAUUUUCUGUGUGACUGGUCGCCAGCCAGUCACAGCAUUCAUAUAAACAACCAUUCACACUCGCGUUCACAUUUAUGGACAAUUUAGAGUCUCCAGUUAACCAACUAACCUAGCAAGCAUAUUUUUGGAUUGUGUGUGAGAACAUGCAAACUCCAUGCAGUGGCGUUCCAUUGGAGAUAUCAACAGAGAUCUCCUGAGUGAGACCUACAUGCUAACGAACCACUAGGCCACCAUGCAGCCCUGUAUAGCAGUGAUGUGUCGGUCAUGAACGAAUUGGAUAUAAGAGUCGACUCGCAUUGUCGGGAUUAGUUGUUUACUUGUCUUUUUUUUUUCCUUAAAUGGUAAAUGUCAUUGGUCAAGAUGUGUGGCGGCGUCUCUGUGUCCACACUGAGCAGGGGGGGUCAGGGUUGACACGCUGUGGUGUUCUUAGAGCUGAUUGGCUUGUGAGAAAUGUGCAUAAAGAGAUUUGACCUAUUUUGACCUAAUUUGCCGAUCGAGAUGGGACUUUCGUAUUUUAGUUUUUGUAUUUUAUAAUAUAACAUCAUAAUAUGUUCAUUUCAUUUCAAUAUAUUCUGUUCAUUGAGGUUUAAAUAAAUCGAUUUAAAUAAUAAACAUUUGAUAUCACGUAUUUUUUACAUUAGUAAUUCAUUUUACACAAUACACAUCAUUUGGUAAUAAAUUAAUUUAAGACAACAAAAUCCGA